CGAGCCCCUCGUCUCCCGUUCUUCUCUUUUCAUUUGACGUUGCCGGCGAGUACGCUAGGCCCUUGUCUUGGGACUGCCCGCUUCGUCACCUUGCUCACCUUGUUUCUUAUACUACAGUGCUCUGUCACUCUCAGGUCUCUCACCUCACCUCACCUCACCAGCCUCCCAACUUUCAACUCACAACCGGCCAUAAUGCCAGUCCAGCUAUUACCGGCCUCGGCCGCCGCCUUUGCCCCAAGAGCAUCUUCCGUCAACGUCGUGCUGGGUUCCAAGGUUGAGCCAUGGUUGACCAAGACACUGAAGCGCAUCAACAAAGUCAAGAGGCCUCUCAACAGCGUACCCCAGCACACAAAAUGCUUGACUGAGACCCUGUCCUCACCGAAUGCCAUCUGGAUCCUGGCUUCGCUCAUGCUCCCCAAGGCUCCCGAAGACAAACUCAAGAACGACUCAAACCCGUUGGUUGAGGCCAUCUCCAACUACCAGCUUAUCCACCUGGAGGCUUACAUCGUCCACGUCGACAUGGUCCUGAGGAACGAGGUUGCCUUCAAGCUUACCCCCGACACCAUCGAGUUGCUCAUCGAGUAUCACAAGGACGUCCACUGCCCCAAUACCAAGGCCAGUACGUACGACUGGUCUGAGAAGGAUCAGCAAUGCAAGAAGCUUCACGAGGACUUUGUUCAGGCCAUCAACAAGUUUGUCUUCACCACGCACGUGACGGCUUUGGAAGGUCUCGAAGAGGAGGGAGCUGGAGAAUUGCUGGAUGGUAGGAGCGAGGAUGUCAAGAGUGCCGUCAUGAACCUCUACAAGCCGCUGCUGCCGCCUCCGCCUAGGAUCGUCGAUGUCGUCCGUCAGCCUCCUUUGUUGCCCAGCUCUCCCGCCAACGUCAGCAUGUGGUCGCAACCCACAACGCCCUCGUCGCUGCCUGCUCCUGUCGAGUCGUGGAGAGUCCUACCGUCGAGCCCCAGUGUGGCAUCAUCCGGAUCCGCCAGCCCCCCCAUGUGGGCAAGCAUGGGUGUCAGCGAGGUGCAAAUGCCCUCACCUACACCUGCUUAUAGCACGCCGUCCUACAGCACGCCGUCCUACAGCACGCCUUUCUCCUCGGCCGGCUACUACUACGGCUCUACGCUCGUCUCCGCCCCCCUUCCGCUACCCAGUAUGCUUGCUCCUCAUUGCGGAGUUAGCAUGGGAUUCAACAACUUCGGUUGGGAUCGCUAUCAGGAGUACACCACGACAAUGUGACAACCAACGUCUGCAACAACAGACACGGGUUAUCCAGGUUAUCCAGCCGCGACGACUUCCGCAUGAUCGCCAGUGUUCUGGAUCUUUUGAAUAUCCACAAAGCCAGGACGCGGCACUUAUGCCCAUAGCGGCUGGGUGAUUUGAUCACACAAGCAAGAGGCACUUCGCCGUUUGGCAUAUGGAUUCGGAGCGACAUUCGACACUUCUUUCCUCAACCAACCUCCUCUCUUGGUGCAUCUACUCCCGACUGGUUUUUCUUUUAUCUCACUACGGGUUAGCGGGCGAGCGUCUAUUUGUUUUUUGUGCCUUUUCAGUUUCUUUGGCUUUGAGAUAUCAUCAUCAUCAUUAUCACCGUGUGCUUGGUCAUCGGCUUUUCCUAUUGUUUCAACCUCACAUGGCAGGGACCUGGGGCGGGUAGUCUGUUUGCAUUUACAUCAUGGCGGUUAUAGGCUGGUUUGCGUGUUUUGCUUUUAAGAAGAAGACUGCAGCAAUGCACCCACGGCUCGGCGGCGCAAGCCCGAGACAGAAACUUUCUUGAUUGAG